CGGGCGUGAAGACCUUCACUUGCACGCUAAAUCAAGACCUUUUGCGAUCGAUUAUAAGUACUGAUUAGUCUCUGCUUUUAGUUCCCUUGUGGUCGUGUUAAGCGUUUCUUGAAGAACAACACGCAAAAUAAGAUGCGCGUUGGCGCCAAAGCCGCCGUCUAUGUCACUGCCGUGUUGGAGUAUUUGACUGCUGAAGUUCUCGAGCUUGCCGGAAAUGCCGCCAAGGACCUCAAGGUCAAGCGUAUCACCCCCCGUCACUUGCAGCUUGCCAUUCGUGGAGACGAAGAGUUGGACACUCUCAUCCGCGCCACCAUCGCUUUCGGUGGUGUCUUGCCACGCAUCAACCGUGCGCUGCUACUGAAGGUGGAGCAGAAGAAGAAAAACAAGACUGAAGCUUAAUUUACGGCGGAUACCCCACGAAUAUGGCGUUUGAAAUGAUGACGAUUGAAAAGGAUUCCGGGAUAUGUCUGUUACAGCGAU